AUGCCUUCUAUCAGCUCAAUUCCCAAAGUCACUCAAUUGGACUAUCCGAAGACCUUAUACAAUCGCGAACUUGAAGUACAUAGAGCUUCCCUUCAAGAAUACAACGAGGAUAUAUUCAACGCGAUAGCCGCUUCUGUUACCGCCAACAAACCUAACUUGGAGUUGUAUCAACAACAACCUUACUUGACUAAUUCGAUUCGAGUGAAGUUGAUUGACUUUUUGUUGAAAAUGUCUGUUAGGUUGAAAAUUAUUCCGUUUGUAUUCUUCCGAGCCGUGAAAAUAUUUGACAGAUAUUGUUCCAAAAGAGUUAUGUUGUUGGACCAGUCCCAAUUGAUCAUAACCACAUGUUUGUGGAUCGCCAGUAAGGUCCAAGGAGGUAACAACCAUUUUCUUAACUUAAGCAAUUUGAAUAAAUUGACAGACAUCAAAACAAUUAACGAUUUAGGUUACGGUUCUGGUGGAAAAUACUUGGGACCGACUGAAAGGUUUAGAUUGCCCAAGUUACACGAGUUAGUGAAAUUGUGCGGAGCCAAAUGCAAGUACGAUCAAUCAAUGUUCAGACAGAUGGAGUUACACAUCUUGCAAACAUUGGACUGGUCAUUCAAUGACCCCAGCAUCGAAGAGUUUUUGGUCAAGUCUGACGAACUCAGCAUUGUUAACAAUAACAAUAAUGAAUUCUUCUACGUUAAACAGUACUUGAGUUAUGUUUCGUUGUACUCAUACGAAUUGAUCGAUGCUGACUUGAUCGAUAUGUCUAAGGUUAUGGCUGAUCUCGUUAAUGAGAUAUUUAAUCUCAGUGAAGAUAACGCCUACUUCCAGACAAUCAAUACCCCCACCUUUAAUGAUGAUAAUGACGACGAUUUCUUCAUUGAAGACGAACACUUGGUAUUAACCAACAGAUACUUGUCGAAGAUGGACUACAGCCAAUAUAAACACAUCAAAAAACACUUGAUCAAAGCUGUUCUUCACUCGUCUGAGUUUGUCCUCAAUCUUUUUAAUUCUAACGGACCCCUAUAUUUGUACAAACAAAUUGUGAUGAUGUACAGAGAUCCUUAUAAGGUAGCCGCAGCUGUGCCGGUCACACCUACCACUCCAACAUCUCCCAUACAAUUCCCCGGUGUAUCUCCAAGCUUGGUGACGUCAGUCAACAAUAUCAAUUACAUCUACAAACCGGUUCCAUUGUCUUCUAGCAAUACACCAUUAUUGAAGAAAUAUAAUCCCGAAUACUCUCAUAUUCCCAAGAUUAACACUUCCCAUCAACACACAAUGAGUCAAGUGAGUAUUAACACGGCUUCAAGUGUGAAUACCUCCAUUUCGAGAGACACAGACUCUCACUCAAUCUUUGAUGAACACCGAAGGUUUGGAGGGUAUACUCCAGUGUCAGACGAAGAGUCUCCCACUUGUUUUGGAAACUUUGGUAACGUACAACCACAGCCUCACUCACAACCCUAUCAGCCCUGUAGUUACAAGUUUGCAUAA